AUGAAAUCCACCGAAGAUCGGGCCGCCACUUCGGCAUCUGAUUUCCCCCGAAGGGACCUCGAAUCUGCCUCCAGCACAGAACCCAAAUCGAACAUAACAUCGCGCUGGGAUGACUUCUCGAGGUUCCACCCGUCGAAUAUCCUCGCUCAUCCCGACAGCUUAUCACCGAAAAUGUCCCAAGAGGACUGGUCUGCUUAUGCGGAAGAUAUAUGGCACAAAUUCACGGUCGCGCUCACGCCGAGUUUCCUACAACACUUGGUAGGUGGCGAACCACCGACGACCUCGAAGCUCCAUGCCAUCGCCGCCCUAGAUGGUCUGCGCGGCUGGGCCUGCCUUCUCGUGUUCAACUUCCAUUUCCUAUUCACAUAUACCUGGAAGGUCGCAAUUGGAUGGGGAUUUGCGGGUGAAAACUUCGGGAUCCAUCAGCUGCCUAUUAUCCACAUGUUGAUAUCCGGUCACAUCAUGGUAGCCAUCUUCUUCGUGCUUUCGGGUUAUGUCUUGUCAUAUAAACCGCUCAAAACGAUCCGGAGCAGGUCCUUUGAUCAAACUUUCACUACGCUGGCAUCGGGGACGUUCCGCCGAGCCUUCCGCCUCUACAUACCUGCUUUUGCUGGCAUAUUUUGUGUUUUUGUGGCUGUUCGGCUGGGGCUGUAUAAUUACUCCCAUGCCGUUAUUAAAGAAGGCCACACCAUCCUUGGAACCAAUGAACAGCACCCGCGCGUGUUCAAGACAUUCUCGAAACAGAGUGACGACUUGUGGGACACAGUGGCCACAUUGUUGAAUCCAUUUGAUUACGCACUAUACUAUAACUACUACAAUCCGCACCUGUGGACGAUUCCUCUUGAGUUCCGCUCCUCGCUUAUUCUAUUUGUCGUCAUCAUGGGAACAUCGCGCUUGAUUGCACCUGUACGCAUGACACUAGUCUCCGGCUUGAUUUGGUUCUGCAUGCGCUAUGGACGCUGGGAAAUUGUUCUGUUCUUUUUUGGCAUGUUGAUGGCCGAGGUGGACCUCAUCAAUGGAACCUGGGAACAGACUGCGAAACAAGCCGCAGAUGACGAAAAGACAACAAUUCGCCUCGGUUCGAGUAAAACAACACUGAGGGUGUCUCGCCGGUGGCUAUGGAACUCCCUCUUCGUGGUGGGUCUAUAUUUCGGCUCUUGUCCUAACAUUGGCUUCAAAUGGACUCCUUUUUACAGGUGGUUGUGGCAUGUCACUCCAUACACAUACCCCGAGCCCCAUCGAUUCGCCCAGACUAUCGGUGCAGCUAUCAUCGUUUUCUCGAUCAACCACUCCCCAGACAUCCAAAGACUGUUAACCAACCCGCUUUCCCAAUAUCUUGGGAAAAUCUCAUUUGCAUUCUAUGUAGUUCAUGGCCCAAUCCUACAUUGUCUGGGCUAUGCCCUCAUGCCCAACAUUUGGAACAUCACUGGCAAAGAAACAAACUUCCAGUAUUGCCUUGGGUUCCUGAUUGGCUGGCUUAUGUGUCUCCCUGUCGCCAUCUGGCUGGGGGAUGUCUUCUGGCGAGCCGUCGACAUACCCAGUGUCAAGUUUGCGCGCUCGCUUGAAGACCGUUGGAUAUUCAGAGAUCCAGCACCGCGUCCUCCAACCCUGACAGUUUCCCACGUGGACUGA